AGGGGCAGCGAGGAGACGGGCCGGGCCGGGCGCCGCGGCGUAGCCCUGGGGCUCCUCGGAGUCGGGCCCUCCUCGGGGGCGCUCCUCGGGGCUGGGAGAGGCGGGGAGGGCGCCCGCCCUCGCCCGCAGCCGUGGUCGGAGGGGCCGGGGCGCCCCUCGGGCGGUGCCCUCCCUCCUCCCUCCGGCGAAGGCCCCUCGCCGCGCCUCUCGCCCGCGGCGGACGCUCGGCUUCUGGCUGGGGGCUGGUGCUUGGCCGAAAGCUCCGGCGCUUGGCUCGUCAGUGGUAGGGGGAAGUGUGAACGCUCGUCAUUUGGCGGCUUGCUCAGGGAAGGGGAGCAAGGCAGCGAGCUGGCUUCGCUUCCCUUUCUUACUUUACACUCUUGUCAAACAGCCUCGCUCUGCAGCCGCCUGUGCUGUGAAGUGCCCCGGGAAGCUGGUUCGCAGGUAGCUCUCGAUGAGGAAGCUGGCUGAAGGUUGCUUUCUUCCUGUGGUCCGCAGCAGCUCAAAGUUAGUUGCGGCCAAAAUUCUUCUGUUUGGAUUCUGAACUAUGACAUCAUGGCAAGAUUUCGCAGAAGAACAUGCAUCAUUUUGUUGCUUUUUAUUUUGUUUAUUUGCUCCAUAAUGAUGGCUUUGAAGACUCUGAGACCUGACAGAGCUGGCUUUGGGGAUCCAUUUGGACUUGGUUUGUUGCCCGAGCUUCAACAACGGACAGUGCUCUUAGACAAUAAACAGAAUUCACUAAAUAGGGUUCAAGGAGAUACUGUAACUCGUGUCAGUAAUUUGCAUAGUAUCGCAGUUAAUACUAUGAAAGCAUCUAUGCCUCCUGUAAACAACCUGGAAGAAGAGCUGUCUUCUCCUAAUUAUAACUUUCACAUAUUCUACUAUAGUUGGUUUGGGAAUCCACAGUUUGAUGGUAAAUAUAUUCACUGGAACCAUCCAUUGUUGCCACAUUGGGAUCCCAAAAUUGCAAACAAUUAUCCAAAGGGAAGGCAUAAUCCUCCUGAGGACAUUGGGGCCAACUUUUAUCCUGAACUCGGAUCUUACAGUUCCAAAGACCCUUCUGUCAUAGAAGCCCACAUGAAACAAAUGCGUUCAGCUUCAACUGGUGUAAUAGUGCUUUCGUGGUACCCACCAGGUAUGGCUGAUGAAAAUGGAGAACCGACUGAUGAUUUGGUGCCUGUUAUUUUGGAUUAUGCACACAAAUAUAAUCUGAAGGUGACUUUUCAUAUUGAACCUUACAAAGAUAGAGAUGAUCGCAGUAUGUACCACAAUGUCAAAUACAUCAUAGACAAAUAUGGAGGCCAUCCAGCCUUUUACAGGCAUAAGACCAGCACGGGCAGAUUUCUUCCAAUGUUUUAUGUUUAUGAUUCUUACGUAACAAUUCCUGAAAUAUGGGCGAAUCUGUUAACUGUUUCUGGAUCCCAGACUAUUCGAAAUACUCCGUAUGAUGCGUUAUUCAUUGCACUUCUUGUAGAAGAAAGACAUAAGCAUGACAUUCACAGAAGCGGCUUUGAUGGAAUGUACACGUACUUUGCCACCAAUGGCUUCUCCUAUGGUUCAUCUCAUCAUAAUUGGGCAAGUUUAAAAGCCUUUUGUGAUAGUAACAACUUAAUGUUUAUUCCAAGUGUGGGGCCAGGGUAUAUUGAUACCAGUAUCCGACCAUGGAACAACCACAACACCCGUAAUCGUGUCAAUGGGAAGUACUAUGAGACUGCCUUCAGUGCAGCCCUUUUGGUGCGACCAGAAAUCAUUUCUAUUACAUCUUUUAAUGAAUGGCAUGAGGGAACUCAGAUUGAAAAAGCUGUCCCCAAACGGACUGGACAGGUGGUUUACCUUGAUUAUAAACCGCAUAAACCAAAUGUUUACCUAGAGCUUACUCAGAAGUGGUCUGAGAAGUACAGAAAAGAACAAGAACAGUGGCUUAUGUGAGCUGUUGCUGCUGCAGUUGUUUCCUAGUGCAUUGACUACACUGAGAAAGAAAUUGAGAGCUGAAAAAUCUGUUAUUAAAUGUCUUUAUUACAGAUAUGUUCAAAUUAUUAUAUCUUUUGAAUGUAUAUGCACAACUACUGAAUUUGAAUUUUGAAGAGUAAAAAGAUGAUGAGAAUAUUGGCAUCUCAUCUCAUUGACAUUGUAGUUCAAGAAUAUUCAGGGAAAAUGCUGGGGGUUUGGUUGGUUGGUUGGCUGGUUUUUUUAAACUUCGUAACUUGCAUGCUGAGCUUCCAGAACACGUGCAUGGGAUAACUCUACAUGACCAAAGUAGAACAAAAAUUUGGCAUAGUUAUGCUUACUUCCUUUAUUCUUGUAGUUGUGUUUCUAAUCAAAGUGUUGCUGUAAUCUAAAUUCUUAUCCUGAUAGCUUCUUGCAGGAUGCAUGUCUGUAGUGUGUGGAAUAAUCUACAUCUACUGUUUUUAAUGCUUUGCACACAGGGAGUUCUUGACAUGUGACUAGCUUGUGGUAAAAACUGAAGAGGUGUAUGAUGCAUCACUAGUAGUUUUUGUUAAAAAAAAAAAAAAAAGUAUUUGAAAGAUUGAGUUCCAAAGAACUGCUGAAAGAUUUCUACUUUACUUCGAUUUUUUCUGUUCAGUACAUGGUGCAGACUCUUGCAGAUUACUGGAUACUGACGAGUAACAUAGUUUUUUCUAUGUUACUUCGAAUUUUUUAAAAAAAUUGUUUGAAACUGCAAGUGGAAAAGAUUUUUUUGAGGGGGAGGAAAAACCCUAAACUUGUAAAAAAUAUACUAAAACUUCCAUUGUUAUAUCUUGUCUGCUAAUUGACUGCAGGCACAGAUCUGGUGUGUUUUUUAAAAUGUUUAAAGAUCAUAAAGCUAAUAUCUUACUAGUCCUACAGUAAAUAUAAUUUUAGGAAAUGCUUUUUUGUUUCUGAUUUAGGAGCAGUCUAGUUUGGUAGGAAUGACAGCAACUACCCAUUAGUUUAAUUUGAAAUCUGAGAUUUCUAUUUUUCAUACAGUUCAUCUAGUUGUUUAAGGAUUCAGAAUAGUAGAUACUAAAAUCUUGUUAUCAUUGAGGUAAGCUCCCUACCAACACUACCUUUAUACUGUGGUGUGGCUGGAAAUGAGUACUUUCAGGCUUAAGAAUCUCACCUUUCAAAUGUUGUGAUUAUUAACUGUUUUUCUUGAUGAAGCUUGAAAGGAUCAAGUCACAUGGACGUAUCUCCUCAGCAAUCCUUUUUUUGGCAUUUUCGUACAACUUCAUAGAAAAGUCCUGAACUUUGGAAUAGUAGAAAUUGCAGUGUUUUGUUUAUUUGCAGCAAGUGUUUAAUCUGUAGCAAAGUGGCUUUUUUUAGUUGUUUUUUAUAUUUAUAUACAAGGUGCUGAUCCUGUGUUUUAGUUCAUAUGCUGGAACCAUUGUGACCACUAGAAUUCCAUUGAUUUCAGCAGGACCCAUGGAAAUUACACUCUUUACUGAGUUCUCACAGUGAUCUGUCCAUGAAGUUGUAAGGUGAAUGUGAGGACUUCCAGUUAAAUAAAGACGGCAAACCAAAAUAGUAUGUUUUUUCCAGAAACCUUUGUCAUUCCAAAUAAGCAUAAGCCAGUUACUACUAAUGUUUUCUAGAGUCUUUCUGGUAUGAAAAAGGUUUGUUUCUGUAUCUUUCACUUAUUUACAGUUUAAUUCUCUUGUCAUUCCUCUGCAGUUGUUAGAGAUGAAGUGUCAUAUAAUGCCCUCAGCUGCUUGAAAAAAAUGCAGAAAUUAGGUGAGAGAUAUAUAGCCUGGUGUGUUCAAGUGCUCCUCUAGAGUUAUUGGAGUCUUAUUAAUAUCUCUUCAUAAUUUUUUGCAUUUUCCUACUGCAUUUCUGUGAAAUUCUGAAAGAAAUGUUUACUAAAGCUUAUUUUGUUUUACUUACACUCAGGUGGAUAAACUGAAGUAGAUAUAGGUAUGACCACAGUCUGAGACCACAGUGUCUGAGACAUGUGAAGCACUUGCUAGACUUUUACCACUUCCAAGUUAACCACUCACUCCCUUUAUUAAGGAAACUGAUUUAUACAUUUUACUAUAAAUCCCUUAAAUAGCUAUAUAUAAUUUGUUUUUAUAAUUUGUUAUGUAUUUAUGAUUUUACAGCCCAAAGAGCCUAUAUAUUUAUUUUAAAUGUGAGGGAAUUAUUAAAUAUUUGCAUAUAUUAUUAAAAAUCUUCUGAAAUCAAACCUUUUGAAAGGACAAGUCUCUUUGCUUAAACUGUUGUCAUCCACUGUUUUUUCUCACUGUAGUUGUCUGAGCACUUUACUAGUCUUGACAACCUUGCACUCAGCUUUCAGCUCCUUACUUUCUCCCAGUGGCAAUUUAUUUUCUCCGUGACUUUGAAAGAUGCUCCUUUUGUUGCUGUUUAUAGAAACUUUUGAAAUUUGUUGUAGAGUGUUGUAUGACUCAAGUGAGCUAUUUUGUUUAAAAUAUAAUCUAUGUUAAUAGUGUAAUGGAUCUUCAUCACUCUGAAAGACUUCUGUAAUUGCUGUAAAGGUAUCAUUUAGUUCUUGCCAUGAAGUUGUAUGGGCCAUCACACACUGGUGUCUAAUGGUAUCUUUAUAAGAAUUUACAGAAUUUCUGUAGAAAAGAAUGAAAAUUAAAUGCCUAGAAAUUCAUCGCCCCUGAGCACUUACUGUAUUUUUAUGUGCUUAAUGUGUUUUAAAAUAUAAAUAUGCAACUCGAUAAAAUAUUUCAGAGUUCAGAAUUUAAUUUGAUGAUCCUAAGAAGAGCUGAUGGAAUAGCAGCUACUAGAACUACCCUACCGACCUGCCCAAUACUUUCUCUUUACUUAGAAGAAAUAUUAGCGCUACUUCUUGUUAUAGGGGAUGGAGAGUUUUGCUGAUGGACUGCUGAUGCAGUCAUGAUAGUUUUUGGAAAUUUGAUUAAAUAUAGGUCUGUGGGAGAGGAUUUGUACAAAUGCAAAGGAAUAAGAUUGUUAUAACUGCACAGUUAUUAGGGUGAAGGAGGGACAAGGUGAGUGUAUUUAGGUGAUUGCUCCAAGCUUCAGAGUUACAGGGGAAAAAAAAAAAAAAAAAAAGACUCCAAUGUGCAACCAAAAUUAAGAGGGAGGGAAGAAUAUUUAUUAUGAGUUUGAGAUCUGAAAUGGAAUUUAAGUAGUAUCUACAUCCUAUUUCACUUUGGCUUCACACCCUUAUUAUUUCUUGACUAAUUGAAAAAAAAUUAUAAUGAUUAUUUUUAAUAUUUUUACACUGAUUAAUUGCAUUUGACUCAUCUUGUCAUAGUAUGUUAUAGUACGUAGAGUGAUACACUACAUCUAUAUAGAUUAGGCAAGAAACACUAUGGGAAGUUUUAAUAGAGAUCAUGCCAUGCUAUGCCUCUGCAAAUAUGGAAAUACCUGAAGUUAUUGAUCACAUACUACUGACUGAGUAUCCCCAGAGGGGAAAUGGUUUCUGAGACAAGUAGCAAGUCUUUGUGGUAAGAGAUCUUCUUUUUAAAAGAAAAUCUGUAGGUUCAUUUCUGCUUCUGUCAGUUGUGAUCAAGUAAAUUGUUUUAGUUCUGUGAGCUGUCUCAGAACUGAAGCUUAAUACCUCUUCCCUGAAAUAAGAAUUUGUAUUAAAUCUUGUAUAGUAGUGCAUGUUUCUCAGAUCUAUAAACUUGUACUGAAUUUUGAGGGAAAGAACACAUGCAUACGCUGUUACUAUUUCAGUGUCAAGCUGUAGAUUAUUGUGAAUGUAGUUUCUGUACUGACGUUCAUUGUGUUUGUCUAGUGCCUUUCUUUUGAGGUGCCAAUGAUUUGUCCCUUAAGAGGUUGUUGAAGCAGAAGGGUCUUUGGUGAACACACUUUUAUUAUGAAAUUUGAUAUGUAUACACUCUGCAUAGUUUGAAUUAACACAUUUUAACACAUGGCUCUUGGGCUCUCUUGAAAACAUUUAACAGGAGUGUUUUCAGCACUGUGUUGCUAGUAGGAGAAUGUAACUGGGCACAUGGACAAGGACAUACUGUAAUUUGGGGCACUUUUUUUUGUGAAUCUUGUGUACCUAAAAAGAGGAAAGAAAGUAUUUACAGACAAAUUAUUUACCACUUAAUGUAAGCUGAAAAUCUCUCUCCCAGUCUUAAGGUAUUUUACAGGUAUUAGUCCUCAUCUUUCUACUUGCUUAAGAUAGUGUCAAUAUUUCAUGUCUUUUUUAUCUUUUACUUUUGACCAGCAUGUUAAAUGUUGCAUAAACUUCUAAAGCGAUGGUAUUUCUAAGACUUCAUAGUUGUAAUAUUCAGUAAAGAGAAUCUACAAGAUUAUUGGCACUGCAGAAAAGCCUGAUAUGAAUUUGAUAUUGUAUAGGUAUGAUUUUGUUGUAAAUGGAUAGUGUAUCUUUGCUAUGUAUUGAACAUGAAUAAAAAAAAGUACAUUUCUUUUAAUACCCUACCUGGCUGUGGCAGAGAUGCAUUUGCUUACAUGCAUAUAUAAAAACAAGUAUGUGUGUGUGUGUAUGUCUAUUGAUAUAUAUGUGCAUAUAACUGAAGUCAUUAUUUUUAAAGUACUAUAUCAUUGUAUUAAAAUUACAGGCUGGAUUCUGCUACUUUUAAGUAAGCAAUCUUUUUAAUUCCCUAUGAUGUUUACAAAAAACAUAGUUGCUCAUGUAUGAAUACUUUCAUGAACAAUAAAUAUAUGCCCAGAAAGUGUGAUUUAAA